CUGGCACAGCGAUACAUGGAAGUACAACACAGCAGAAGCAUGAGGCAACACUGUGCUCUGAAACAUGGAAUAUUCAAAGAGUUCCUGGCAGAAUUCCUCGGGACGUUUGUGUUGGUCCUGUUCGGCUGCGGCUCGGUCGCCCAGACAGUCCUGAGUCGGAACACCCUGGGGGAACCUCUCACCGUCCACAUCGGCUUCUCCGUGGGCCUCAUGAUGGCGGCGUACGUGGCCGGGGGGGUGUCAGGGGGCCACGUGAACCCCGCCGUGUCGCUGGCCAUGGUGAUUCUGGGUAAACUAAAGAUCUGGAAGUUUCCCUUCUACGUCAUCGCCCAGUUUCUCGGCGCCUUCGCAGGAGCCGCUGCGGUUUUUGGAUUGUACUACGAUGCCUUCAUGGACUUCACCAGUGGGAUUCUGUCUGUGACGGGGAUCAACGCCACGGCUCACAUCUUCGCCUCCUACCCUGCGAGACACCUGUCCGUUCUGGGCGGGUUUAUUGAUCAGGUGGUGGGGACAGGUAUGCUGGUCCUGUGUAUUCUGGCCAUCAUCGAUGGUGGAAACAUCGGAGCUCCUAAAGGGGUGGAGCCUCUGGCCAUCGGCCUGGUCAUCAUGGCCAUCGGGGUGUCCAUGGGACUCAACUGCGGCUACCCCCUGAACCCUGCCAGAGACCUGGGCCCCCGACUGUUCACAGCCGUGGCAGGAUGGGGUAUGGACGUCUUCAGCACUGCAGACAACUGGUGGUGGAUCCCCGUGGCAGGGCCCAUGGUGGGGGGCGUGGUCGCCGCCGUCAUCUACUUCCUGCUCAUCGAGCUGCACCACACCCACAGCGAGCCUGAGAAGCCCCACGAAGAGGAGGAGGAGGAGGAGGAGGAGGAUGACGAAGAAGAGGAUGAUGAUGAUGACAACAGCCUGAAGGACAAAUAUGAGAUGAUCACCAUGAGCUAGACAGACGGUGACCCCCCCAGAAACGGUUGAAACCCCAGUGUAUGUCCUGCACCCCCACCCGUGUGGCUGUUGUACGUGCUGUAAAUAAUGUUCUGUGUAUAUAGAGGACGCCCUUCUGGAGAGGGGGUGUGGUUUCAUACCCCGCCCUUAGUUCUAGUUUUCACCUCAACAAUGUUCUGAUUAUUUUAAAUGAAACUCUUUUUCUUUUCAAGUCUUAACGUUUUGUACAUUGCGAGGAACUCCCUGGUGUUCAUUCACUCAAACUCAGCUUUGUUUGUCCACAUUAAAGUUUAUAAGAAAAAUA